AUGGCCAGCCUCUUAACACUGGCACGAACCCAUGUCGAAGGCUGUGUCGCGCAUUCCGUCGAGCACCUUAACCUCUCUCCUCCCCCGCGCCCUCAACCCCCACGUCGCCGUCGUCGACCUCGUCGCCACCCACCUCACCGCCGUCACGGACGACGCCGAACCCGUAGAUCUCACCCGUCUGCUCCCCUACCUCGGCCACGACGAGCUCACCGCUGUCGUUCUGCGCGCAGGACACUCCCACCCGCUCCCAACCCUCCGCUUCCUCCUCGCGCUCCCGCCGCCGCUCCAGCCCUCGCCUCCCCACCUUGCAUUCCUCGCGCACUCGCUCGCCUCCUCCCGCCUCUUCUCCCACGCGCUCGGCGCGCUCUCUCACCUCAUCCGCCUCCACCCGCGGCACGACGCGCUGCCCACGCUGCUCGUCGCGUCCGCCACCGCGCCGCACCCUUCCCUCCCGGGCCUCCUCGUCAAGGCUCUCCUCCGCCACGCCCGCCUUCGGGACGCGUUCCGCUCCGCCCUCCGCGCGGCCGCCGCGGGCGCGCCCCCCGACGCCGCCGCCUUCAACUCGCUCCUCGCCGCGCUCUCCCGCGCGGGCCGGUUCGAUGAGCUCUGGGCCGCGCGCGGCGCCAUGGUGCGCGCCGGGGUGCGGCCCGACGCCCGUACGUUCAACAUCCUCGUCGCCGCGCUCUGCCGCGGGGAGGACGCCGAGCGCGCGCAGGGGUUCCUCGAGGAGCUGGAGGAGCAAGGCUUCGAGCCGGACGUCGUGACGUACAACACCCUCCUCGCGGGCUACUGCCGCAAGGGGAGGCUGCAGGACGCGCUGCAUCUGUUCGGCGUAAUGCCGUACAGGCGCGUGCCACCUGAUUUGGUCUCGCACACCAUCUUGAUGGACGGGCUGUGCAAAGCCUGGAGGCUGAACGAAGCUCGCCGGAUGUUUGACAGGAUGGUGCAAGGUGGGUUGUGCCCUGACGCUGUUGCUUAUAGUGUUCUGAUCACAGGGUACUGUAAUGAGGGACAACUAAAGGAGGCGAGGUCGCUGCUGAUGGAGAUGGCUGGGAGUGGGCUCUUGGACAUAGCAUUCGCUCUCAGAGUUGUCAUUGAGGGUCAUGUAAAAUUUGGGAAGCUGCUUACCUGCUUGAACAUGGUGGCACCACUAAGGAAAUAUGGUAUUAUCAUCCCAUCACAGAGUUAUAGCUGCUUGAUCAGUGCAUUGUGUGAGGAUAUGCGCCCUAAUGCUGCGAGGGGUUUGCUGCAGUGGAUGAUAGAGGAUGGGCACAGUCCUAGUCUGCAGGUGUACAAUAUGAUUGUGGAUUGCUUCUGCCGAUGUGAUAAUCCAAAGGAAGCUUUGGAUGUGAAGGUUGAGAUGACCACUAGAGAAGUGAAACCCAACUAUGACACUUACCAGGCACUCAUAACCUGCCUUUGCAGAUUGGGAAAGAGCUUGGCAGGUCAGUCAAUAAUGGUGGAGAUGAUUGAGUCCGAUUUCCAUCCGAACGAGGCCAUUUGUGCUGCCUUGGUUUGUGGCUUCUGCAAGGAAGGCGACCUUGAUAGAGGAGAACUAAUUGUGAAGUCAUUCGCGCUUGAUUUUCAGAUCCGCUGUAAUGAGAGCUUUAAUGCAUUGAUGAGGACUUACUGCGAGACUAGGAGCACAGCAGAGUCACUAGCACUGCAGGACCGGAUGUUAGAGCUGGGUUUUGUUCCAAACAGAGAGACUUGUCGAUCUAUUAUAUAUGGACUUUCAAGAAGCCCUGGUUGAGUUGCUGACAUCUGUAACAGAAGGCACCAGCUUGAAUCAUCUUAUUGAGUGGUCUACAUUAUUGCUUACAGUAAUAUGCAUGUAUGGUGCACCCAUUUCCCAUCGUGACGGUUUUCCAAGGCUAGACUGGAGGCAACAUUUCAUUCUGGUCUGACAAAGGAUAUGGAGGUCAAAUCUACUGGUCAAAGCUGAGUGGUUACCCCCAUUAUCAAAUUCUGUUAGCAAAUGGCGCAGAGGACAAAACAUUGAGGACCCAAGGCAAUCAAUUGUAAGUUUGACAAUCUAAGUAAUAUAACUGCAGAAGUAUAGGGAGUUGCAGGGAAAACACAAAAGAAUAAAGUUUUAAAACAAAUUGGCCUUGUUCAGUUCCCAAAAAUUUUUGUUUUUGGAUACUGUAGCAUUUUCGUUUUUAUUUGACAAACAUUGUCCAAUUGUGGACUACCUAAGCUCAAAAGAUUCAUCUCGUGAUUUACAGUCAAACUGUGUAAUUAGUUUUUGUUUUUAUCUAUAUUUAAUAUUCUAUGCAUGCAAGUUUCGAUGUGACGGGGAAUCUUGAAAAUUUUUGGGUAGUUUUUGGGAACUAAACAAGGCCAAACAGAAACAUACAAUUUUUUGUGUUUUCGGUUUCAACUUUCCUUUUGAAGAAAAACCUGGUUUGUGGUGGAGAUCACAUUUAUUUCAUUUUUAAAUAAAUUCUAAAAAGGAAUAUACCAGGAAUGCAUUAGCAAGUCUACUGUAUAAAGGUCAUGGACUGAACCCAACAACUCUUGGCAGCCUGGUUUCUCAUGAAGCAUAAUCAACACUGAGAUGAUGUUGACCUGAGGCUCAAUUCUUGGAGCCCAAUCUUGUUUUUCUUCCACAGUUCUUCCACAAAAUAAUGCUACAUAGUUCAGAUCCAAUCAAGCAGAGUGGUGAUGCCAUUGACAGAUUCCUUGGCUGCCUCAGUCUCAGAGGUGGAACAGCACGGCAUGCAUUAUGGUUUGUGGAGGAACUUUUUUUCCUGAAAAAUAUUGUUUGUGGAGGAAAAUGGUGUAGAGGAGAGUGCUUCAGAUGGAGGUCUUUCAUCAGCACUCACAGUUUCUUUGACCAUCUGCUUCAAGGGAAUAGGCAACAUCUGAAAUGUGCUUAUGUACUGAAAAUUGAGAACCGUGGAUUGUUUGUGUCAGCAUAUCCUGAAACUGACAAAAAUUUCUGUUCCUAAAUUGUGGUUAACAAUUACGGUGAAUUGGCUUAUACUUUGAUAUGUUAAGUGAACA